CCGUCCACACACACCGAGCUGCGAGUCGGGAUGACAACACGGCCUCACGCACGUCCCCUCGGAUCCUCCGGGAGAGCCACCGCGCCGCGCGCACGUACGCUGAUGUAGGAUAACGCGUCGCCGUUUGGAGAGGAGGAGACGGGGGUGGCGCGUCUCAACCGGAGAUCCUAUUACACACAUCCAGACUGUUUCAUGGCAAGUUUUUUUCUUUUUUUGGAAGUGGGGGGAGGGCGACUCUGCAACUUUCUCAGCCCGAUGUGUGUGUGUGUUUUUUUCGUAGCCAGCCUAAAAUGCUUCUAACGAAUACUUUGCGUGGGUAUUUUUGAAUAGACGAGCCCCCCCUUCUACCGCAACCCCGUUGGUGAGGACAAUUUUCUUGGAGCUAUUCUAAAUUUCUGGAUAAUGAAGGAAUCCGUGAGGAUCCAGCGGGGAUCGGACGAGAGGCGCAGAAUGAAAAAGUUCGGGAGGACUGCGAGGAAACUCUGAAGCGCCCCCGCAGACCCCCCCCCCCUCUCUCUCCAGCAUGCCAAAUACAGAAAAGUAUUCGAAACCAAGCGAGCAAAGCUUCAUCUUCGGGCUCCUCGAGAAAUCGGGAUAAGCUCAGCACCAGAACCCGGGGCGAUCUCGUGUCCCCAGCCCACACUUCUCUCUCUUUCUCCUUCUUUUGUGGCCCGGUGGAGAGACCUUCUCCGCCGCUUCUCAAGAUGUCCUCCCAGGCUCGGCGGGGCCCCAUUGUUGGAGUGUGCGGGAUGCUGUGCGUCUGGGCAGCCUGGCUCUCGGGCUCCGCGGCGGCGUUGUCGCCGAACGGCACCGCGUUCGUGGACCACUGCAAGAAACACUCGACGUGCGAGGCGCUCAAGUACAACACAUGCCUCGGAUCGCCGUUACCGUACACGCACACCUCCCUGGCCCUGGCCGAGGACUCCGGCACCCAGGAGGAGGCUUUUGAGAAGUUGACCAUGUGGUCCGGUCUGCGGAACGCUCCCCGCUGUUGGUCCGUCAUCCAGCCUCUGCUCUGUGCCAUCUACAUGCCCAAAUGUGAGAACGGUCGGGUGGAGCUGCCCAGCCAGAGCCUGUGCUUGGCUACGCGUGGACCAUGUAGCAUCGUGGACCAGGAAAGGGGCUGGCCCGGCUUCCUCAAGUGUGACAAAUUCCCCCAGGGCUGUUCGAACGAGGUGCAGAAGCUGAAGUUCAACAUGUCGGGCCAGUGCGAGGCUCCCCUGGUGAAGACGGACAUCCAGUCCAGCUGGUACAAGGACGUGGAGGGCUGCGGCAUCCAGUGUGACAACCCGCUGUUCACCGAGGAGGAGCACAACGACAUGCACGCCUACAUCGCCUACUUUGGCACCAUUACCCUCCUGUGCACCUUCUUCACCCUGGCGACGUUUCUCGCCGACUGGAAGAACUCCAAUCGCUACCCGGCCGUCAUUCUCUUCUACAUCAACGCCUGUUUCUUCGUGGGCAGCAUAGGCUGGCUGGCCCAAUUCCUGGACGGAGCACGCGACGAGAUCGUGUGCAAGAGCGACAACACCAUGCGACUCGGGGAGCCGUCGUCUUCGGAGACGCUGUCGUGCGUCACCAUCUUCAUCAUCGUGUACUACUCCCUGAUGUCGGGCGUGAUCUGGUUCGUCAUGCUGACCUACGCCUGGCACACGUCCUUCAAAGCCCUGGGGACCACGCAACAGCCGCUGUCCGGCAGGACCUCCUACUUCCACAUGGUCACCUGGUCCAUUCCCUUUGUCCUGACCGUGGCCAUCCUGGCCAUCGCCGAGGUGGACGGAGACUCAGUCAGCGGGAUCUGUUUCGUCGGAUACAAGAACUACAGAUACCGUGCCGGGUUCGUGCUUGCCCCCAUCGGGGUGGUGCUUGUCGUCGGAGGCUACUUCCUCAUCCGGGGCGUCAUGACUUUGUUUUCCAUUAAGAGCAACCACCCCGGGCUGCUGAGUGAGAAAGCUGCCAGUAAAAUCAAAGAGACGAUGCUGAGACUUGGUAUUUUUGGAUUCCUCGCUUUCGGCUUUGUCUUCAUCACCUUCGGCUGCCACUUCUACGACUUCUUCAACCAGGCCGAAUGGGAGAGGAGCUUCAGAGAAUACGUGCUGUGCGAAGCCAACGUGACAAUCGCCUCUCAGACCAACAAGCCGAUCCCAGAAUGCACCAUUAAGAACCGGCCCAGCCUAAUGGUGGAAAAGAUCAACCUGUUCUCCAUGUUCGGGACCGGUAUUGCUAUGAGUACCUGGGUCUGGACCAAGGCCACUAUCCUCAUCUGGAGACGGACCUGGUGCAAGAUUAUUGGCCGCAGUGACAAUGAACCCAAGAGGAUCAAGAAGAGCAAGAUGAUUGCCAAGGCGUUUGCGUUGAGGAAGGAACUUCACAAGGACCCAGAGAAGGAGCUGUCUUUCAGCAUGCACACCGUGUCCCACGAAGGACCCGUGGCCGGAAUCAAUUUUGAGCUGAAUGAGCCAUCGAAUGACAUGUCGUCGGCCUGGGCGCAGCAUGUGACCAAGAUGGUGGCCAGGCGAGGUGCCAUCCUGCCUCAGGACAUCUCUGUUACCCCCACUGGUACCCCAGUGCCACCUCCAGACGAGAGGAACAGACUGUGGAUGGUGGAGGCGGAGAUCUCGCCAGAGAUGAUAAAGAGGAAAAAGAAGAAGAAGAAGAGGAAGAAGGACGUUCGUCCGUCGGAGGAAGCGGUGGAACACCAUGGCUAUGCUCAGCGCGAGUUCGGCCGCAGCUCGGUGCCUCGCCUGCCCAAAUUGCCGUGCCACCCCAGCCUGGUCGCAAACCUGCGGGAGCAUCAGAGGCAACAGCAGACGCUGGAGGAGGAGGAGGUCCUGCCAGGGUCCUACCCGGACACCCGACCCUCCCACUCCGUGUCCCGCGAGCAGAGGCGCCCCCAUCCCUCGUACCAGAGCGGCCGGCGCAGCUACGGCCACGGCCACCCUCCGGCCUACAGCGACCGCCCAGAAGAUCUGGGUCUCGGCCCGCGCUGCCUCCCCUCAGCCUCCACCUGGCAGCCCAGCGAACCUUCCAGCUACCCGGGGGAGACAGACCUCGCCGACGGGCUGUCAGAGAGGUUGGCCCACGUGGCUCGGGUGCCGGCUGGACGCAGGGCAGGCUAUGGACCCAUUCACUCUCGGACCAAUUUAAUGGAAGCGGAGCUUAUGGACGCCGACUCUGACUUCUAAGAGCACAGCUCAGGUUUAUUGCUUGGCGGUACGCAGACAGUAAGCUACAAAAAGUGCUGGAUACUUUCUAAAUUCUUACUUAAGAUUCCACCUACCGAGCAGUCCAGAUGGAACGAAGCCGGUCACUUUUUAAAAAUAUAUCUUUUUUUCUUUUUUGUGUUUGGAAAAAAUACAAAGGGAUAAAGUGGAAAAAUAUGUUGUGAAUAAGUUAAUGAAAUACUUUUUUUUUUUUUGGUCUACCAUUUGUGUCCAAUUAAAUUUCAAGGCAACUCUAUAAUGACAAGACAAAACGGCAGCUAAACUUUAUAUUGCUUGAAACAGAACCCCCCCCCCCAUGUAUUCAUUCGCUAGUAUCAGCUCAGCAGGACAUCCUCGAUACAACUUGUAAAAGUCAAUUAUUAUUGUUAAUCUUUGUACGACAGCUUGUGUCAUAAUUUUUUUACUGUGCCAGGGCUGUAAAACCGGACUCGGACAAAAGACCGUACAGGUUUUUUUUUUUAAACGCUACGGGCUACUUGCAAAUACUUUUGAACCCGGGUCUUCUUAUGUGUCAUAUUUAACUUUUUUUAAGAUCCCUUUUCUCUCUUCCCACCACUAUUUAGCUAUUUUUACUUUUUUAUGUGCUGUGAACUUGAGGUGUGAUUGCAUAUGCUCGGUUUUCUGGUGCAACGAACCAACAAUUGGCUUCUUUUUUUGUCCGGAUCAAAGACAUACUGUUAUGUGCAUAUCUUUUUCUUAAUGAGUUAUUUUUGUAUAUUUCAGAACAACUUUUCUUUCGCCUUGAAAGUGUUUUAUUUUUUUUACAGCAGUAUUUUUAUGUAUUUUAAAUUGUUGCAUAUUCAAUAUUAACUGGGCUUCAGUUUUUUUCUUUCAUUAAAUCAAGUUAAAAAUCUUUUGUUUGACGUAGUUUAGCAGCAGUGGGCUUAGAAGUCACUUUUUACAUGAAUGCUUCUAUUUUACAAUCACUCUUUCUAAGUGUAUGUGUGUUAUGUAUAUAAGUUGCUCAUAGAUUUCUCAAUAAGGGUAUUAUUUGUACAGAUUUAUACAUCAAGUCACUCGAUUACUCUGC